GGAGGAGAUACGUGUAGCCUGGCUUUAGCUGGCUAAGCAUUAGCAACAUAUAGCUAGGCGGAGGCGCAACAAGCUCCUUGGACGCCGAAUAAGUACUCUAUCUUGAUUUUAUCCCUUGGAAUUAGCGCAAUUCCUGUAUGGGUUUAUAUCCCAGGAUUAAAAGUAGAACCUGACGCAGCACAAAAGAUACGGUGAUGGUGUGGUCAUGUGUGCAGCCAGCACUGUGUGUGUGGAGAUGGUUUUAACAGACGCUGUUCUGGAGGACUCAGGAACACUGCACUGGCCUGGAGAAGCCUCAUAAACAAACACACACGCACAGAACACACGCACCAAUACACAAGAAGACAUUUGUAUAUACAUAUACACUCCACUGCUGUGCUGUGAGAAAGGACACACACGCACGGACGCAUAACACAAGCUUCUCGAGAAGCACACACGCGUCCACAUCCUGUGUGUGCGUGUCAGUUGCUCUACCAUCAACACUUUUUGGUGUCCCAUCUCCUCUCCUGUGUGAGAGCAUACUUUAUAUUUCUUCCCGUCUAACCCAUCUCCACCGCCACCAUGCCAAGCUCCACCAUUCGCCGGCAGAUGAAAAACAUGGUGAACAACUACUCUGACGCAGAGAAGAAAGUCAGAGAGGCCACUUCCAACGACCCCUGGGGCCCGUCGUCUUCUCUCAUGUCCGAGAUCGCAGAUCUCACCUACAACGUGGUGGCCUUCAGUGAGAUCAUGAGCAUGAUCUGGAAGCGGCUGAACGACCAUGGCAAGAACUGGCGCCACGUAUACAAGGCGCUCACCCUGCUCGACUACCUGAUCAAGACCGGCUCGGAGCGAGUGGCACUGCAGUGCAAAGAGAACAUCUUCGCCAUCCAGACUCUGAAGGACUUCCAGUACAUUGACAGAGAUGGCAAAGACCAGGGCAUUAAUGUCAGGGAGAAGAGCAAGCAGCUAGUGGUCCUACUCAAGGAUGAGGACCGCCUAAAAGGAGAAAGGUCUCAGGCUUUGAAGACCAAAGAGCGCAUGGCCCAGGUGUCCACAGGGAGUAGUCAGAUGGGUUUUGGCCGAGGCUCAUCUCAGCCCAACCUCUCCACUUCCUACAGCGAAGAGUACGGCAGGUCAGAGGGCUCACCUGCCUCCUACCAUGGCUCCACAUCUCCCAAUACGGGCUCAGAGCUGGAGCAGGCCAGACCUCAGACCAGCGGAGAGGAGGAGCUACAGCUGCAACUGGCUCUGGCUAUGAGCAGAGAGGCUGCUGAGCAGGAGGAGCGCAUACGCAGAGGGGAUGACCUGAGACUACAGAUGGCCUUGGAGGAGAGCAAGAAAGAAGGUCCAGGCUCAGCAAAACUGGCCAAGAAGAAGAAAGAGCCACAGUCGUCUUUGAUGGAUCUGAUGGAUGUGCCAGAGCCUGGUGCCAGUGCUGACCCCUGGGGUGCAGGCGCAGGCGCAGGGGCUGGGGCCGGAGCUGGAGCUGGAGCUGCUGCUGCAUCAGCAGACCCAUGGCAACCUUAUGGGUCUGCCCCUAAGCCAGCAGUCCCAGUGGACCCAUGGGGUGCUCCUCCUUCUGUCCCCCCCAUGAAGAGCAAUGAUCCGUGGGCACCAAACUCCAUUCCUGCCUCUGAUCCCUGGAGCUCUGGAGCUGCCCGCCCUAAGACAUCCAACACAGGUAGCUUUGACCUGUUCAAUGCAUCCAACGGUACGUCCAAAGAGGACUUCUCAGAGUUUGACAGCCUGCGUUCCUCCUCCUCUGUCCCCACUGGUGAUGGGGGCGUAACAUCCUCUGUCCCCUCCCAAGCCAGCCUUGCCAGCAGCGGAAGCCUGGACCUCUUUGACCCGCUGCCCACCUCCACAUCUACUGUCAUCACAAACCCAACUAGAAAGACUCCGGAGUCCUUCCUGGGUCCCAACGCUGCCCUGGUCAAUCUGGAUUCUCUGGUGACCAAACCAGCCCAGCCUGCGCCGGUCGUCAACCCGUUCCUGGCUUCAACAGGCGGUGGCUCUGCUCCAGCUGCCCACGCCAACCCUUUCCAAGUGAGCCAGCCAGCUCCCCCCACCCUCAACCAGAUGCGGGUCAGCCCCAUGCCCUCUGGCUUCGGCGCUAUCGCCGAGCCCAUGCCCCUCUCCUCCAUGCCCGCUCAGCCUAUCACCAUGGUCCCCAUGGCUGGGAUGGCCCCCAUGGGCCGCGUGAUGCCUGGGAUGGGUGUCGGCCCCGUUGGAGGCGUGGGGACGAGUGCGGGGAUCCCAGCCUCCAUGUCCAUGCCCCAGCCCCUGAUGAGCAUGCCCCCUCAGGCCGGGACGCAGCCCACGGGAACCACCAACCCCUUCCUUUUGUGAGGGGGUGACUGGGGGACGACUUGCCUCGGAGUUACCCCUCUUCUCUCUCUUUCUCUCUCUUCCACUUUGGCUCCUUAAGAAGCUUCAAAAUGAACAAGGAGAUGUCUUAUCCCAUUUAUCCCUUUAUAAUCAACUCCUACCCAGGUCGUAGUCCCAGCCCGGCCUCUUCCUACCAUACCACACUCUUUUCUCCUCUCUUUCUUUCUCUCUCUAUGCUACAAGCUGCCUAGUCCUGUGUGUUCCAUACUGAUCUGACGAUGAUGUUGGUGACCACAAAGAGUUUGCAUUUGCAUUUGUCCACAGACUUACAGAGUAGCAGAGGUGUUUACAGUUUUUUCCACAGAAGCAGGACAGGAGUCAGUCUCUCCUUCCUGUCCUCUCCUCAUUCACUCGCCUCCUCUCCCUUACCUCCUCCCUUAGGACUGCUCCUUUCUUCUUCUGUGGUGGAGUGACAGGAGAGUAUGACUGUACUAACGCCAGGAUCUUAUCUCUUCACUAGAGCUAAUCUUUUAUAAGCCCUGUCAGCUGGUGUGUGUGUGUGUGCGUGCGUGCGUGCGUGUGUGUAUAUGUGUGUGUAUGUGUAUGAGCGCACAUCUCAGUACUUUUACACUGUGUAUAUUCCAGUGGGUUUUACUUACACACACUGGAGUAAGGAUGAGAGAUGGUCAGAUGUGUUUAUACUCUGUGUGUGUAUGUGUGUGUUACUAAGCAGGGAUUUUGCACAAUUUUUUGGUUUUUGUUUUUUCUUUCCGCGACUGUUGGGCUCACCGUUACACCUUAGCUUAGGGAGGGAGGCUAGCCGCUAACACAGCCGGGGCGACACACACCGCCUCAGCUCUCGGUACCACUCAGUCACAACUCUCGUCCGAUCACUUCCCGUCACCUUGGACCUUUUCCUGACCUUCCAUGUGAACUUUGACCUCCAGGGGUCACAGGAUUUAACAAUGAACACUUAUCAAAAGAGAUGAACCCCUCGUCUGAGGGGUUGAAAAGAUGCGUAAAUGCAAUUUGUUUUUGUGUGUGCUCUUGCGCAGCGUUAAUGCUCAGAUACUAACAGCCACAUAGGUGAUGUGUUUGUCACUCCCCCCCAGUGUGUGUUUGGAGAAAAAGACAUUAAUUGAUGGCAUCAGUAUUUUGCUAUCUGAACAUGCAGUGGAUGCAGUGGAGCAUCGUGGGACAGUUUUUUUUUUUUCCAUUUUAGUUUGUUUCUAGGGUCAAAGGGAAGAGGUGGGAUGUGUGUGUGUGUGUGUGUGUGUGUGUGUGUGUGGUGUGUGUGUGUGUGUGUGUGUGCGCGCGUGUGUGCAGUUUGCAUGAGAGAUACAGUUAGCUUCCAAGUGUACUUUAAUGAUGAAUUUGUCACUCAGUAAAGUGGAAACUGACCUAGAAUUUUAGUUUCUGAAGUGCAAGUCAAAACAAGGGGUAAUGUAGGCAUCUGCAGCCUUAAGAGAGAGAGAGAGAGUGUGUGUGUUUGUGUUUGUGUAUGCUUGCAUGUGUUGUGUGUGUUUGUGCGCAACCAUAUAUAUCAACGAUGGUUGCGAAGAAAGCUCUGGGUUUAAAGGACAUGUCAGCCAGUCAGCAUUGUGAAGAGAGUUUACCUCCGGGUGGAUUUACUGUGGCUAAUCUGUCUACAAGAACUUUAUCUGGUGGACACACACACACACACACACACACACAAACACACUCACUCACAUGGGGUUGCUCCAGGAUUGGUCUAUUGAUAGCGCAGGGAAUCCCGCAGCAAACAACAGCGAGACAUGUCUUGUAAACAAGAAGUUGUUAAUUUUGUUGGUUAUCUUUUUUGUUGUUGUUAUUUACUCAUUAGAUGUAAAUCCAUAGCCAAGCCUUUCUGAGUUUUGGAGCUGUGUACUAGCUUAAGCCAUGUAUCAUCUUCAUUCUCUCUUUUGUCUAUGUUCUGUCAUUCUAGUUUUUUCACCCUAUGGGUAGGCUAUGUAAUUCUCUUCUCUUAGAAGCACAACUGUUACCAAAGUCAUAGCGACUGAUUUCUGAGGAUGUCGUACUUUGAGUAGUUUGAACAGUAGGGUCACACUUCACUGACAUUUUUUUUUCUGUUUGUGGAAGCUCAUGAUAUCAGAGACUCCAUUCUUAUAUUUUUUUUUUAUAUUUCAGAGCUAUUUUACAGUUUGUUCAGGAGUUAAUGUAAGAAAGUGUUACUGUUUGCUGAAUAUCAGCACAUUUACUGACAGCAAGCUAAGCGUCUCUGUCUCCUCUAUCAGUUGAGACAAGUGGGUUGAUGAAAUACAGCUAAAGAUGAUGAAUUGCGCCUGGUGUAUAGACCCUUCUUCUCCUUAGGUUACUGUUGUCUCUUUUCAGUUUUGUUAAUAUCACUGCCAAUGUUGUUACUGCAGAAGAGGGUGUUUUUUUUUUUCCCCUCUUAGUGAGAGUUGGUGCCCUCUCCUGGUCUGCUGUGGUGUGAUAGCUACACCGCAGGACCCUUGAUAUUUCCACUAAAAGGCAGACCUUCAUUUCUCUCAGGCAAAAGGAGGGGCAGCUCCAACUGUGUGUAUGAUUUUUGAUGAUGAUGAUGAUGAUGCUGAUGCUGAGGGCGGUGAUGAUGAUUUUUAUGCUUGGGAUCCUGAAUGAAUGGAUGUGACACUUAACUUGCAGACCAGCAAACAUUUUUAAUCCUAACUAAAUAUAUGCAAAAAUUGGAGCUGGAAAAGUGAAAAAAAGAUGAGAAGACUUAAUGCUUGAUGUGUUUUGCAAAGAUAGAUUUGCUAAUAAAGUCUUGUUUAUUGAAAUGCUACUAUGAUACUCUAGCUAAGACAUGUCACUGGCCUUGAUUUCACUGCGGCCUGACCUUUUAACUUUACUCCAGUGAUUGUGGAAAAGGUUGUGUUAUUGGUGCAUUGGAAAAAAAACUAACAAACAAACAAACAAAAAAAAAAACCUUUACUGUCUUGAACAAAUUCAGCACUCCCUAACAGUCAGAUGACACUGCAGUUGAACACUUUUUCUUGAUCCCUGGCAGCAGUUUCACAGUCGUGGCUAUGGUGCAGUGAAAAUGUGGCCUGUGUGUAGCGAGCUCCUCCGUGUGUUACUAUGUAUUCACUAUGCUUUUAUCAAGAGGACUAACUGACCUUAUGGACUGUCUGUCUUUAUAUACAUAAACAGUCUCCUUUAUUCGUUUCCAUGUCUGUCUAUUUACCCUUCUCAUAGUACUGGGAGCAGGCUGCUUUUUUUUAUUGGAUACGUGCUCAAUCCGUUGGCAUUAUAACUGUAUAAUAUAAUUUAUCAUUUGUACUAUUGUAACAUACUGUUCUUCUGUAUACCUUAUUAUUCUGUGUAAUGGGUUUUGUAGGAAAAGUCACCGUGGUAUUUUAACGGCAUCUAAACAAAUGAACGCAGCAGGCCGCACCCUGUUGGAUGAGGACAACUGUAGCUGCAUUGGUUCAAAAUAAAAUGUGUAUCACUUCAGCUCUGUAA